CUAUAUAGGCUAUUGCAAAAUAACACAACUGCAUAACGUGCAGUUUAGUCACUGACGAUUGACUGCAGCCAUUAGCUGACAUGUUUGUGCUAUUUUGGUUAGUUGUGGGGUUAGCCCUUACACAAACUCUAGAUCUUAACAGUCAUCUGGAAGAUAUGUCAGAAGGAGAAUAUGGCUCCUUUUCUUUUGUCCAGAACGAGGAUGACUAUACUGUAGGCAAAGCUGUCAUCCAGUUAUCAGAAACGGCUGAUGACCACGAUUAUUCUAGCUCUGAGAAAGGGUUCAAGGUGUUGGCUCCAAGUUCCCAGGAAUUGCCAGUGGAGUGCACCAACAGUACAAUCAAGGUGGAACUUCCCGCUGGUCCACUCGAGGGGAUUAGGAUACUAGGCUCAACAGCUACAGAGCCUCUACUCCAGACUGUCAAGUCAUGUGGCUAUACACUAACAAAGACGCAGGAGAAGAACACACUCACUGUCAGUUUCAAUGGCUGUAACGUAACCUUGGAGCGCGAUCAUUAUAAAAUUCGCCUGCUUUAUGUCACCAAUGACGGCAGAGUAGAAGUCAACACCGUUUCCUGCCCAGUUCAUCAAUAUUCAAACUCGAUGAUGUCUGAUAGCCCUGUCAGGAAGUCUGGCAAGAAGUGCGAUGCCACUACUACUGUUGUUCCCGUGACCAGAUCGACUCUAAAGCCUGUGCCAAUGCCUGGUGGCUGUGGUGUUCCACAAGAGAAGCAGAUUGACUGUUCUGGAGUAUCUGCCUCUGAAUGUCUGGUAAAGGGGUGCUGUGUGGACCCCACAAGUCAAAAAUGCUACUAUCCUGUUAAUGUUUGCACGUUGGACCAACACUUUGUUUUUGUCAUCACACGUGAUCUGGUCAGUGUACCAGUGAGUCCUACUUCUCUGGUAAUUGCUGGCAACUGUAGUUGCAAACCAGUGGUUGUCAACAGCAAGUUUGCCCUUUUCAAGUUUUCAGUUACAGACUGUGGAACUCGAGUGUAUGAAGUUGGAGACAGUCUUGUGUACCUGGCUGAAGUGCAAACCGUUAGAAGGCUCCACAAAAUGAAAUAUGCAAUUAUAAGCAGAGACAAUCCCAUCAGGUUCAUGGUGGAGUGUCGUUAUCCUAAGAAUCCUCAGCUUGAUAUGGUCAAGCUUGCCAGUGCUGGGUUUCUGGUGAUGAGCCCCAUUUUACCAUCUAUAGUCACUUCAGAGGGAUUGUAUGGUGUACAACUGCGAAUUGCUGAAGAUAAGACAUUUUCCAAGUUUUUGCCCCACUACCACCAACCCUUGCGUCUUUUACUGGGAAACCCGGUGUACCUUGAAGUGCGCAUCUUCUCCCCUAAGGCAGAAGCCGCUGUGCUUCUGGUCCAUUAUUGUGUGGCAUACCCUCGUUCUGCUAGAAGUGCUCUUGUUCUUGUUUAUGAAGGGUGUCCUGAUGCCUUGGAUUCUCCCUCCACUGCAAUUCUUCACAUGGGUAAUCUGCCGCAAAAUCGUCAUAGACGUCGUUUCAUGGUCAAGGCAUUCCAGUUCAUGGAUCAAACGACCAAUAAGUUCCUAAAUGAGGAGAUCUAUUUCAUGUGCUCAGCUGAAGUGUGUCUUCCUUCACAAACGACUUGCAAAGAAACUUGCUUUGAUAAAAAGGUUUCUCCAUAACAAAAGCGACUGCUCCAGUUUCAUUAUGUUCUGAAUACAUUUUAUUGAUUUAAUGUGUUGGUCAUUGCUGAUGGUUCAAGUAUCAGUGUUUGAUUCUUAAUAAACAUAAGAUGCAGCUCUCAUUAA